GUCCAGCAUGUCCAAGCAUUGCCUCCGUUUGUUUGUCUUUGUCUUUGUCUGCUGGUUGGUCAACAAGACGGGCUGUGGCCGUGGAGACAGCAGCACAACACUCAUUCCACGCGAGACCCCUGCUAUUAUCCUCUAUCUACUCUCACUACCAGCAGCCGCCUCCAGUGUGCACGUCUCCCCCGGAGAGUGCGCAUCACACCCAAGCCGGUCCCUCGCCUUUGUCAAGCAUGGAUGCAGCCUGCUAGCAGACAACACUUUCACCCUGUUUGGAAGUUUGCAUGCUCUCUGGCUCUCCUCUCGACAAGUUCUCAAAGCUUUCCGGAUACCUUCCAGCAGGAUGCAGCCACGCUUCAUGCUCCUGCUGUGCUUGCUGUCCACGGCGGGGUGCGACAUGUUCACGUCCAGCGAAGAACCCUCCGACUCGGGCGCCAAGUCGGACGGCUACUGCAGCCGCAUCCUGCGGGCGCAGAGUACCAGGAGGGACGGCAACAACGAGUUCAGGCUCCGCGUGGAAGGAGACCCUGAGAGAUAUCAGCCAGGGAGCACUUACAGAGUGACUCUGUUUGCGACCAGCCCAUCCUACUUCAGAGGUUUCACCCUCAUCGCCCUGAAGGAAGGCACACUGGGAGACCAAGAAGAGGACUACAUCGGACUUUUUCAGAUAAUCGACGAGGAGGAAACACAGUUUAUGAUCAACUGCCCACCAGCAGUGACUGAGGGGACACCACGCCGACGCACCAGCAUCCAAGUGUUUUGGACUGCACCACCUAGCGGAUCUGGUUGUGUAUCACUCAAGGCAAGCAUUGUGCAGAAGAGGAUCAUCUAUUUCCAGGAUGAGGGUUCACUCACAAAGAAGAUGUGUGAAAAAGAAUCUCUGUAUGGAGAUGCUACGGAUAAACCUCUGCUAGAAUGUUGUGCCUGUGGAACAGCCAAGUACAGAGUCACCUUCUUCGGGAACUGGUCAGAGAAGAUUCAUCCCAAAGACUACCCACGUCGUGCCAAUCACUGGUCAGCCCUCAUUGGUGCGUCCCAUUCAAGGAACUACGUGCUGUGGGAAUACGGAGGCUUUGCCAGUGAAGGAGUCAAACAGGUAGCUGAGCUGGGCUCCCCUGUCAAAAUGGAAGAGGAGAUCAGACAAAAGGGUGACGAGGUCCUGACCGUCAUCAAAAUGAAAGCACAAUGGCCGGCCUGGCAACCACUUAAUGUGCGGGCAGCACCAUCAGCGGAGUUUUCAGUAGAUCGAACCCGCCAUCUCAUGUCCUUCCUGACAAUGUUGGGGCCCAGUCCGGAUUGGAACGUAGGUCUGUCUGCAGAGGACUUGUGUACCAAAGAGUGUGGAUGGGCUCAGAGGGUAGUCCAGGAUCUCAUCCCUUGGGAUGCGGGCACUGACAGCGGGGUAUCAUAUGAGUCUCCCAACAAGCCCUCUCUGCCUCAGGAUAAGAUCCGUUCUCUGACCAGUCUGGAACACCCUCAAAGUCCAUUUUAUGACCCUGAAGGGGGCGCAAUCAGUCCUGUGGCACGAGUCAUGGUGGAGCGUAUCGCCAGAAAGGGAGAGCAGUGCAACAUUGUCCCAGACAACGUGGAUGACAUUGUGGCAGACAUUGCCCAGGAGGAGAAAGACGAAGAUGACACCCCGGAGACGUGCAUCUACUCCAAUUGGUCUCCAUGGUCGGCUUGCAGCUCAGCCACUUGUGAAAAGGGCAAGCGGAUGAGGCAAAGGAUGCUCAAGGCCCAGUUGGACCUCAGCGUUCCGUGUCCGCACACACAGGAUUUUGAGCCUUGCAUGGGGCCGGGAUGCAGCGAUGAGGAUGCAUCCACCUGUAUGAUGUCAGAGUGGAUCACCUGGUCUCCAUGCAGCGUGUCCUGUGGCCAGGGUACACGAUCACGAGAGCGUUACGUUAAGCAGUUCCCAGACGACGGCUCAAUCUGCACUCUGCCCACGGAAGAGGCAGAAGACUGUGUGGUCAACGAGGAAUGCUUUUCCAGCAGCUGCCUGGUAACCGAAUGGGGAGAAUGGGAUGUGUGCAGCGCCACUUGUGGUCUUGGCAUGAAGAGGAGGGAGCGCAUGGUGAAGAUGCCUCCUGCAGAUGGUUCCAUUUGUGAAGCUGAGGUGCUGGAAGUGGAGAAGUGCAUGAUGCCAGAAUGUCAUACAAUCCCCUGUAUGUUGACUACGUGGUCUGACUGGAGCGACUGUAGUGUCACUUGUGGCAAGGGACUAAGAACACGCCAGCGUAUGCUCAAAUCGCCCGUUGAGCUUGGAGACUGCACUGAAGAGUUGGACCAGGUGGAAAAGUGCAUGCUCCCUGAAUGCCCCAUGGACUGUAUAAUGACGGAGUGGAGCGAGUGGUCCGAGUGUAACAAGUCCUGCGGGAAAGGUCACACCAUCCGAACGCGCACGGUUAAGUUUGAGCCUCAGUUCGGAGGGGACCCCUGUCCUGAAAGCAUCCAGAGGAAGAAGUGUAAGGUCAGGAAGUGCACGAGAGGAGGACAAGGGAACACUGAUGAGCAGAAACGACGCAAGGAGCAACGGGAAAAGAGGAGAAGCAAACAGAGCAGGACUGAGGUCGCUGCCGAGCAUCCAGGAUGUAAAAUGAGGCCGUGGUCAAGUUGGACGGAAUGUACCAAGAUGUGCGGGGGAGGUAUUCAAGAGCGACUCAUGACGGUCAAGCAAAGAUUCAAGACGGCAAAGUUGUCCAGCUGCAAGGACAGGAAGGAGAUUCGAGCUUGUAAUGUACACCCUUGUUAGAAAGCAGGUAUGGGAUGGCGGUUGAGAAUGGAAGACCAGCAUGGUAUGCUGUCCCACAACAACCAAGUGCACUCUGUGUAGGGCACUGACAGCACUUACUACAGUACAUCAGUCCUAUCGUCUUGCAUCAACAUUCUCAGUACAUUUCAUUUCACAUCACAGACUGAAAUUCACAGGAGGGCAACGAGAGGAGUGGGUGGAAUAUUUUAGGGCCAACGUCUUGAUUUGGUGCUACUAAAGUCCGAGUAAUCUCCUCUCCUGUCCUCUAUGCGUUCUUUGGGUCAUGUUUGAGGCAUUACAUGUCUUGUAAGGUAACUGAUCUGUUUAGGUUUUAAUUGAUGGCACUUGUGAAGUCUAACUCAAGUUUCAUUCAUCUUUUGAAAGUUUGAAAAAUCUGCUGACUGAUUCUCCUUUGCUGUCGAUCUGAUACACUUUGGUAAGGUUACUGUAAACGUGUUGUGGUACCAUAUAUCUUGGAAAAAAUAUUCUGAAUGGAUUUAAUUUAUAAAUAUCUACAUUAUUCCGUCUUGUGGUAUCCCUAGCAUAGUCAUUUUCACCCAUAGGUGCCCAACCAUUCCAGUGUUUUGUACUGCCUUCAGUGGUUCUUUGCAGGUCACACACAUUGUUGACUUUUUUUAUCCAGGAAUAUUAAGUUGAUACACCACAUUUGACAUUGAAGUUAUGUUUAACAUUCCUCAAUGAUUUGGAUUUUUAAAAUUUCUUCUGUGGAUCCCUUUUGUGUGUAAAAACUUCUGACCAAAGUGUCGUGUAGAUGUUUUUAAAACGUAGUCCUCUUCCCCUUUUUUCUUUCUGUUUCUUCCUCUGACAUGUUAAUAUUUUGGAAUAACAUUACCUUUACAAUAAAAGUAAAUUGGACAACCUGUCAA